AUGAAAAAAAAUGUUGAUAUUUAUUAUUCGCUACGUGUUUAUUCAACAUGUGAAAUCAGUUUAAAUGAAAUACAAGACUAUUAUAAUGCAAAAUAUCAACAAGAAAUAACAGGAAAAUGGGAGGGAAUUAGUGCCGGUGGUUGUCAGAAUAAUACAGCAACGUAUAAAAACAACCCAUUAUAUCAAUUAGUGUUAAAUAACUCUGAAGCAAAUAAUUAUCUAAAAAUUGAACUAAGAGCUCCUAAACAAUAUCAAGUUGGUUUUGAAAUAUUGUGUAAAGAAACAAAAGUAUCAAACGCCGCUGGACAAUUUCAAAAUGCUGAUUCUGGUAGUUAUCGACCUGGAUUUUGUUUAUUAACAUUAGAUAAUAUUCCAGGCGGAACAUAUACAAUCAGACCCGCCACUUUUGAUAGUGGAAAGGAAGGUCCAUUCUUUCUUAACAUAGCAUCAUCGCAUCAUUAUACACUGACUAGGAUCCAAUAG